UGGGUCAAAGGUGAAAAAAUAUUUAGCGCCAUUUUCCAAUUUCUGAUUUGUUUACAUUCGUUCUGAGAGAUAAAAUCACUAAAAUAAGCUGUAACGAUGAUCACAACCACAAACAACCAUAUCGAGUAUGCAUAAAAGCAGUCUGAAUGUUGAUGUUGAUGAAGUGAUCUAAUCAAAAACAAAUGCCUGGCAUCCUGACAGAAUCCCGGAACUGUUGCACUCAUUCAGAUGUCAAAAUGGAAGGGGAGCCUGUGGAAACAGAAAAAGAUGUUGGCAUGGAGAUGGCCAGUCCGAAGAUUACAGAUUACUUCCAAAAGACACAGCUUACUUCUCCAAAGCCAGCAAAGGGUUUGCUCGCAUUUUUCUCACCAGCUAAAGGAAAGCUGAAAGAAGGGGCAGAAGUGAAAGACCAGGAUAGUGCAUCUUCAUGCGGACAGAGUGAUAAUAGUUUUACUAAGAUUCGUCCGACGAAAUCGUCAGGUACUGAGGGGAGGGUCGUCUCUGAGAAUUCAAAACCAAAGGGUAAAAAGAGGAAACCAGAGGAAGAAACACGCUCUGACCCUAAGAAACGGCGGAAAGAAAACAUAGCUGAUAAUUCCUUGGAUGAUUUUGAGGUACAUGAAGAUACUUCAAACCAGGGAAAAGGCGUAAAUGGCAGUAAAAAAACCAAAAGUGUUAAGAAAUUGAAUAAGAAAGACCUCAUAAAAGUUAAUGGUUCUGAACAGAAUGGUGAAGUGAUAGAGGGCUCUGACGGAAAUGUAGAGGGAUUUGGUUGUCCUGAAGGAGAAUCGUCUGAAGUUGCAAAAUCUAGAGUUGUAAAACUACCGAGUUUGGAACAGAAGGAGGCAGUUGAUGACAGUGUUGUAUCAAUGUCUUAUUGGGAGUUCAUUAGUGAUAUGAUAGAUGGUAAAGAGAAUGAAAAUGAUGUUGAAGAUACCAAAAGUGACUGUGUUGAUAAAAAAGCAAAAGAUACAAACACUGAUGGUGGUAAGGCAGAUUCUGAAAUAAGUGGGACUGAUGUCAAAGUUGAGAGGCAGGUUGUGACAAUUUCGGAGGAGAGUGUUGAGCCCACUAUAAGUGAAGAAAAAGGUGCAAAAAAUGUGCCUGAGAAUUGUUCUAAAGAUUCUGGAGAUGAUUUUGUUGAUGCCAAUGUGAAAACAAAAGUGAAUUCUUCAAAGGAUGUUGGGGUCUCCAGAGGUGGAGAGAAAGACAUUGUGGAUGGGGAUAGCACCAAACUAAAAUGUAGGAAGCCCCAAGAGAGGAAAAAAGUUGCAGCGGAGGAUUCCACUUCGGAAGCAUCUACUGAGCAGAAAGAGCAGAAGGGGAACAAAAAGAAACUGGGAGCAACCAAGAUUGAUGAAUCGAUGGCUGGGGAUGAUGAACCAAAAAAGUCAGUCGGUAUCGCGAAGUUCUUUGUAAAGAAGGAUUCUGAGAGUGUGGUGAAAGCUGAUGUUCAUUCGUCUCAGUCUUCUUGCCCGGAAAUUGUCUCUGUGACAGAAAGACGGAGGUCUUCUUCAAAUGUUGUUGUCAAUUCGUCAGAUUCUGAUACAAUUCAGGAACUGGGAACCUUUGCGCUGACCCCAGGUAAGGGCUGUGAAUCUGAUGAUGAAGUUCAAAGCCCUAUCGAGGUGAAGUAUCCUGACUUCUUCUUUGGGAAAAAGUCAGGCAAGAAGGCCCAGGAAACUAAAGGGCCCGAGGUUGAGGAGAAACAUAUGGAAGUAGAGAAUGUCCAACCAGAGAAACAAACAUCUGAGGAAUGUUCGGCCCAAGAGGUUGAGAUGACGUCUGCUGUCCCUUCAAAGCCAGCAGAAGAGAUUUUGAUCGAUGAUUCGAAUGAGGGAGAAAGUCCUCCAGUUUUCACCAGUCCUUCUGUGCCUGCCGGGAAAAAAGCUAAGCAAAUGACAUUCAAUUUUACGGGUGGAAAUUUCAGAAUGGAAAAGGCAGAAAAGGAUGAGAAUACAUCUGUGGUAACUGCUGGUUCUAGUACAUCUGAUAAUGAAUCCAAUACGGAAGUGGUAGAAGAGGUUGUUGAGGUGAAAGCAAAGAAAAAACUUUCAGGUUUCUUCACUUCCACUCCUAAUGUCACGAACGCUAAAAAGAAGGGAGCGAAAGUGGUGAAACUUGAAAAAGGUGGGAAAAGAAGGAAGGAAAAGGAAUGUGAGGAAAGUACUGAAGAGGAUGAGGAAGAAGUUGCAUGUAGAAAAGGCCAGGCAAAGAAAAAACCUGCAGGGCGGAAAGGAAAGAUGAAACGUAAGGAAACAACAGGAAAAGGCAAGACUGUUCCUAAGGCAGAGACGCCUGGUGCUGCAAAGAAGGGUAAAAGAAAGAGGGUUGCUGAAUCGCCGGAAUUAAUUGCAAUGCCUGUUGCAAAGAGAGAGAGACCUAGGAGAGCCUUGCGAGGAGUGUACCGUGCCACCAUGCUUGAUGAAGUCAAGAGUCCUCUGAGAAUGAAAUUGACCAGAACUGGAACCAAAUCUUCAACCAGCACAAGUACUGAUGAGACUCCACUCAGAACAAGGCAGUCGACAAGGAGUGCUGUAAAGAGUAAUGAGAGUAAAAUGACUGCUGCACAGUAUCUCCUUCAAAAAGCUAAAGAAAAUAAAGCUCAGAAAAUAAGUGACAAGAAAGGGAAGGGUACAUCCUCAAAGACUAAAAUUCCGGCCACUAGAUUAAAGAACUCGGGGAAAGGCGUUAAGCCGACAGCAAAGACGAAAAGAAAAUCUGAUGAAGAGAACCGAAAACCUGGUAAAAUGAGGAGAAUGUCGAAAAAUUCUGAUGUCAGUGUUGUUGUGUUGGAUGAUGGCGAUGAUGGUGAAAAGAAGGGGAUGAAAAAAGGGGUUAAAAAGGGAGUGACACCAAGGAAAAAGGCUGCACUGAAGAGCCCUUGGAAGGGAACUCCUAAAAAGAAAGGGAAAGUUGCUCCGAUGUUCAUGUCAAAGAAAGACAAAGAGGCUGCUGCUGCAGAAGAAUCUAAAGAUGUUGAAGUCAUUGAAACGCCAGAAAUGAUUGAGUAUAGACGAGUGCGGGAAGCUAUCGUGAAGAGUGGGAUAUCGGAUGACAUCAGACAACGCCUCAAACAAACCGAGGAAGUCUCAACCGUUUCCUUUGACUGGCCACCUCUGCCUGAUAGACACAGUAACCAUGUCUUACAAAAGUCUGUUGAGACAGGUGGAAGUGAUGUUUGGAAUCUUCCCUCCCAAAGCAUUUCUGUGAAGGCUGUUACCCCACAGGUUGAUAAGACAUGUCCGUCCUUUGCCUUUCCCUUUGAGAAGAGUUUGCAGAGUUCCGUCAGGAUGCCAGAGGUUAUUCGACCUGAACCAUUUUCUCCUGAGAUAGUUCAAGGCCUUCUUGCUGAAGUGAGAGAUAAUAAUCCUGGUUUCCCUGUGAGAAAGAUGUACAAGAGUCUUGUUGCCAGGAAACAGACAAGCGAGGAAGAGGUUGUGGAAAUAGUUGGUGCAGGUCAAGGCGAAGUAACUAUCAUCAGUGAUUCAUUACCUAAAAUUGCACAAAGAGAUGAGAGGAAGUUGUCCGAUGAUUCUGUGAUUCUGAUUGAUGAAAUAAAUGAGAAAAAAGUCAGCGAUACAAAGAAAGGUGGCAAAAAGAAAGGUCAGAAGAGGAGAAGUGGACGCCUGAGCCGCGGUAAGAGUAUGGAUGAGGCACCAGAGGAAAUGGAUGUGGGUGAGAAGGAGGCCAAAGAUACCAAAGUAGAAUCAUGCGAUAAUGGAGUUCAAGGGAUUGAUACUGAUAAAAAAGAUGAAAAGUCCACCAAGAAUCUUGCAUGGACUGACAUGUAUCAACCCCGUAGUGCUUUGGACAUCAUUGGGAACUCCAACUCGGUGAAGAAACUGAAGAAUUGGCUGACAGAGUGGAAAGAACGGGUCGAUCGGGAGGCGAGAAAGCAAAAGAUCCUCGAGCGAAAAGAGGCGAGGAAGAACAAGAAUAAGAAAGGUAUUGAAUCUAACUCGAAAUGGUUGAUGGAUGAUGAGAGUGAUUUUGAACUGAGCGACAUGAGUGAUAAUGAUUAUGAAGAUGACAACAUCACCAAUACGAUGCUGCUGACGGGACCACAUGGAAUUGGAAAGACUGCUACAGUUUAUGCUCUGGCUCAUGAGCUUGGCUACAAGGUGUUUGAGGUGAACUCUUCAUCGAGGAGAAAUGGCAAGCAAGUCAUGUCACAGUUGUUGGAGGCCACGCAGUCCCACCAUGUAUCAAAAGCUAACCUUGGUGGUGGAACACCGACGACACCGAGCAAGCCUAAUCCCUUUGCUGCCAAAACGGUGUCUGUUCCUGAACCUGUUGAUGACAAGUCUUUAUCUAAAGCUCCCACCAACUUCUUCAAUAUGUUCAACAAUAAACCUGUUGAAUCUGCUGCUACCAAAAAGACAGGCGAAGUUGACCAGCCAAAAAAGAAAGGUGCUAAAUUGCCUGCCACUCCUGAAGCUACCAAGAAGAGGGGUCGAAAAAAGGCUGAAGUGACCGAAAAAAUGGAGGUGAAAGUUACACCUAAAAAGCCUGGGAGAAAACGAAGAGCCGAUUUGAUUGAGGAGGUUUCCAGUGAGAAGAGCAGCAGUAGGAAAGAGAGCAAGAGUAAGACUCCAAAAUCAAAAGGGAAAAAAGAAGUAAAGGAGGAAGUUACAGAAGUCAAGAAACCAGUCGCCAGCAUCUCUCUUAUUCUGUUUGAAGAGGUUGACAUCGUAUUCGAAGAUGACAAAGGAUUCAUUCUAGCUAUCCAAUCGCUGAUGUCCAUGACGAAGAGGCCUAUGAUCAUGACUACUGCUGAUCCACGAGUCGCUUGUCAGUUUGAAGGAUUCUUUGAGGAGCUGUUUUACAAGAAACCUUCUGUAGUGAGUGUAGCAAGUUACCUCCAAGUUUUGUGUCUGGUAGAAAGUAUACGAACCGACCACAGGGAUGUGUUGUCAGUUGUAAAUGCUUGUAAUGGUGAUGUGCGACAAAGUUUGCUGUUGUUACAAUUCUGGAUAGUCUCUGGGGGCGGGAAAGAAAAAUCUGAGAAACUUCUUAAGAUGGUUUUGAAAAAAUCAGAUGAUUUGAAACGAGAUUCGCAGGAGUCUGAACCGAAAGAGGCAACACAUGAACGGAUGAAAUUACUUGAGAACAAAAUUGAUAGUGAGGAUGAAUUUGAAACAUUUACUAGGAGGAAAGGCCGACGUGUUGUGCCACAGAUUGAUAGCGAUUCAUCCAUGGAUAGUUGUAGUCUUACGCCCAAGAAAACGAAGCGGUUGAAACUCGGUAGGAAGAUGGACGCUAUUCAUGAGGACAGCCAGUCCACGCAGAUUAACGUCAUUGAUGACAGUCGUCUAGGAGAGGAGGUGUAUACUGAGAUCCAAGGUCCUGCAGUCCAUGUGGGAUUCUAUGGGAGUACGAUUGGACCUUCGGCACUGGUUACUGAGGAAAGUCAGAUCCAGAAAUGUCUCCAAGAAAAGCCAAAAGAUAGUACUUCCUUCCAGAAGCAAGUUGACCUUGUGAUGCACUACAACCAACGGCAUGAUUCGGAUUUGAUCACCAACAACUUACGUCAUCUUCUACCCUUACCAAGGCUGGUGGCUCCAUCUCCUUAUCAUCAGGUUUUGUCGGAACUGAAGUCGACUCGGAAAAGGUUCUCGAGGAUCAGGGCAGAUUGGUAUGACAGUGAGGACUCGCAGGAUGGAUUUGAAUCUUUGCAAAAACAAAAAGACAAUGUUGAGGAUAAUGUUGAUAAAACUCAGGAAGAAGCUAAAAAAAUGGAUGUUUUUGAGGAUACGACACCGAAGAAGAGUUUGACUGUGUUGCAUGCUUCGGUCAAAGCUUUAUCGAAAUAUUAUGAUGAUGUUUCAUUCAUGGAUGUGGUAGGAAGGCGAAGAGAGGUUCAUUCGGGACAUUGUGGUAAUGAGUUUUAUUUGAACUGUGGCAAUAUCAUUCCGGGAUUAGGUGAUGAGUUCAGCAAGUUUGAUCCCAAGGACUCAGAAAGUGGUGACGUUUUCGAUUCCAGUUUGACUUUUACUCUCUUGUCCAGUUUACACUGCUGCUGUGAUACAUUGACGAAAGUGAUGGGGAAGACAGAUUUGAGUGAUUCACAAGAAACUUUGCUGGAAAAGAUGACUCUGCCUGUUCAGGAUGAUGUAUUGUCAGUGAGGAGGCACUGUGACUUCGUCAGAAAUUAUAGGCAUUCAUCCGUGAAAAAAUGUGCCGAGACGGUUUCCCGAAAUUUACCAGUGUCUGUUCAGGGCCAGACUUUGGCCAUCAGUACGGACUACCUGCCUGCCAUCAGGACCAUAUGUAAAGCCGAGGAGAGCAAGGAGGCUGCAAAAAUUAAAAGAAGAUUCUUCCACUACAUGGAUAGCAUCUCAUUCCACCUGAAGCCGUCUGUUCUUGAAACGCUCAACAAUUCGUUCAGAUGAUGUUGAUUCUUCAAUAGAGGAAUACUGUGGAGCAGAGAACUUUCUAUAGAGGCUUUAACAUACUAUUGUCUCACCGAUCUUAGACUGGUUCGUUGAUUCAAGAAAUUGACACAUAGCACAAGCUGAAACAUGACGUCGUGAUCAUCAGACAACUGUGUCGCAAACCUAUUAUCAAUCCGAAUUGAACAUUUUAAAUGAGAUCAAACAACUACGUGCAUAAUUUCACUUGUAUAUUCAGAAACGGGUCUUAUAUUGGAAAAGUUAGAGUAUGUCUUGUGUGCUGAAUUUGUAAACUAUUUAUUCAUUAUACACAUGUAGGUAAAAAUUGAUUAUAAUUGUAAUAAUUGCAGAGUGAGGGCAUACGUGCCAAUACCUUAUGUAAUUCACCUUUAAAGUAUGAAGUAGUUAAAAUGUUCAUCUAUCACAUGUGAGGUGCACGGAAGAGACAUCUCUCUUCAGCUCUGUAUGCUGAUAUUGGUUAUGUGAGAAACUGUACAUGUGCUUUCAAUUUGUAUAGGCCUAUGCUACUGCUAAAUGUAUUUGCCUCCUUAAAUUAUCAUGUGGCGUCUGACCAAGCACUCACACCAACACUCAACACUAUGUUAUGAAGUCCUUCAAAUGUAUCAUAGAACCUCAUGGAAAAUUUAUAAGCAUGAUAUUGAUGAGAUG